CCCUUCGCUCGGCAAUACAUCUCGGCAAUUUAGCCAGAGGAGACUCGAGGGAAAGAGAGUUACGUGCUGUGGUGACGGGGAGAAUGGCAGCCAUACACCGAGAAGCGAUACAGAAACAGAUUCAACAGGACUGGGCUAACCGCGAAUACAUAGAAGUUAUCACCGGCAGUAUUAAAAAGAUCACGGAUUUUCUUAACUCUUUUGAUAUGUCUUGUCGGUCGAGGAUAGCGGUCCUCAACGAAAAGCUAACGACCCUCGAGCGGCGAAUCGAAUAUCUCGAGGCAUGCGUCACAAAGGGCGAGACGCUGACGUAAUGCUUCCACGCAUGUGAUACGACGUCCUUUUUACAAUCCCUUUUAUUUCCUGUACUAGAACGUGAAUAAAUACAUGACGAAAGACA